UACUGAAUUUAUUACAGUAUUUGCUAUUGCAGUUAUCUCUAAACCCUUUAUUAGAAUACAUGUGGUAGUAUUUUAAUAUAUAAUUCCCCUCACAAAAAAGGGGCUUUUACAGGCAGCAUGUUAGAGUUGAAAGAAGUGACACCUUUAGUUAAUUAUUUUGUCAGAGCUGUAGUAGAAAGUGCAGGUUUGAGUCCUAUCAUGUCCUGAAACUCUAAGUUGCAAAUAGUCACUGUAUCAGAACUACAGAUAUAGGUAAAUCCAAAAUACUUUGUGAAACUGUUUGGUAGUUUUUUUAAAACUGAACAUUGAGCCAACUUCUGGGAAAUGUGUGAGGAAUAUAUACUUGAGAAAAUGCCUGUUUACAUUAGCUUGAGAAGACAGUUUCCUCCAAUAUAGCUGAUGCUGUAAAUGAGCUCAGUACUAGAUUUUAAUAACAAAACAACUCACCCAAACAUCCUUUGUUCUUCUCUUAUUAUGAAUUUUAUAUAAUCAUGUAUUUGGAUAUUGUAUUUUUUUUAAUUAAUAGACAAAAUGAUCCUUCUGGAAUUGCAUCUAUUAAGCAAGCCUCUUGAUAGAGUUAGAAGGAUAGAGGCCAUUUACUUUGCCUUUUUCAUUCUCUGUUGGACAUGUUUGACAUGUUGUUUUAGAAGUAGAUGAAUAAUCAAUGCAAAGCACAUCAUUUUCUGCCAAGACUUUCUAAGUAGUUUCUAUGUGGUAAUUCUGACUGUUCUGUAUGAAUUCUUUGUCCUCCUUUCUGCUCCUUAUAGAUGCCAUUUUUGAUUUACAUAGUAAAAUACAGUUUCAAGCACAGCAAGUAAAAAUAUUAUAGUUUUCACUUACUGUGUAUUUUUUACUAAUUUUUGAGCAUGACUAGAACAAAGAGGAUAUACAUUUAGUCCCUAAUUGAAUAGUGAUUAUAUGAGUACCUCUUUUGCCCUUCAGAUUGUCCUUCUGAAUUCAGCCCUGGUUCUGUCAAUGCCUUAUUCCGUGGUUUUGGAUGUGAUUUAUCAUUCUAAUCUGGUUUGGUAGUGUGUAAAAUGAAUAUGGUAAUAUUGCCAUAGUACACUGUAUUGUUGAUUGAUUAUGAAGAUAUAUCUGUUUUAUAGGGUUUUUUAAUAGUUUUUUGAGACUGUAUAAAUCCAUCUUGAUACUAUAUGUUUCCUGUUACAGCUUCUUACAGAAACAAAACAAAACAAAAGCCCAAGUCCAAACACUAAAAUUUUGACUGGGCCUGAUGAUAAUUCUUACUUGUAGUAAUAGCUGUUAAAUUAUUACAGUAUGUAGUUAAUUAUAAGUAUUUUAUUUAAUGACAGUUUACACCUAUGCUAGAGUUGGUCUAUGAAAUUUUGUUCUAAUUAAAGUAAUAUGAAGACCGUAUUUUUGAGUGAGAACAAUGAAUUUAGUGAAACAAUAUAGAGACAUUAUUAACAGGAGUGUAAGAUCUGUUCAGUUCUCUGUGAUCAUGGUGGAACAAAUCCGAAGUCUGUCGUGUUUGUACAAAGGAAAAAGGAUUCUGGAAACAUGCAUCUAUUGAUGUAUUGCCAAGAACUAUCCCAUUCUGGUGGGACAAGUCACAGUAGUAAUGGUUUUGCUUGUCUGUGGAACCAAGUGAACUGUAGGAGUUCUCACACUAUUCAAGGAUGUUGCCUAACACCAAAAUGCAAUAAAAUGCUUGUUAAGGGGAAAAUAAGAUUGCAUAAGAUUGCAUUCUGACAACCUGCUGUGGAGCCUAGGGGACUCCCAGUACUUCUUAAUUCAGUGUAGGAGGGGGAAAGCUCAGCUGGCAAUGUUGAAAACACCGAACUGGGGCGUGUAGCUGCCUCUCUCCAUUACUUGUAUAGUUUUGGGCUGGCAAACCUUCUUGUUGACUGCGAGUGAAAAUAUUUCUAUAGACCAGAACUGAAGACAUUUAAAAUAUACAUAUUGGAGAGCUGAGAUACAUCAAGACUCAAGGUUUCAUCCAGAAUUUGACUGUCACUCUUGAGUGUUUACCUUGUGUUUCUAAAAGCAGGAGAGAACCAAGUCCAUCACUAUGUGUUAAAGUGACUUAGCAAUGUUACUUUCAGGAAGUUCCACAUUUAGCUUUCCAGUAGCCCUGUAGUUUUUCAGCCUGACUGGUAGUCUUGUAGCACUGUCCUGGCAUAGGAGCUGUGCUUGAGUGGCUUGUGAUCAAUGUGUGAAUGAAGAGCAAUGAGCUGAUUACCCCAAAUACAAUGAGACAGGACAUGGCAUAACUGGAUAUUACAUGGUCUGAUGGUCCCAUUGUCCUGUGAAGACUGAAUGCCAUGCUAAGCAUCUAAAUCUGUUCUGUCCCUCUUAGUAGGUAGGCUGAAUGCAUCCUUAGCUACCUGAGAGUUCAGUGCACCUGUAGAAAAGUUGAAGACACAAAUAUUAAUUCAAUUCCUAAUGGAAGUAGCUUUUCUAAAUGUUUCCAGCUCUUUGUGGAAAUUUUCUAGCUGCUCAAUCUUGCAUCAGUAAUUCUCCCUGUUUAGGGAGCUGGUAAAGAGUAUAAUCUUUCAUGUCUAACUUCUGUGACUGCUUUAAGCAAAUUCUCCCCAGUUUGCUGAGUUUGGCCUGUAAGCAGGGGGGUUUAGGUGACUGAAAAGCUGUGCACUAUUUAGUGUGUGGUUGUGGUUAAGCCAGGGUUUCCAAACAUUAGCACUCCAAUAAUAGAACUUCCUUUCCUUGUAAGAGCAGGAGGGCAACAGUUGCUAUGUUAGGGUGCUGGUAAUGGUCUUUUCUGAAAGUGGGUUACAAUUGUCCAGCUCUUCUAACUUACAUUAUGCUUUGCACUUUCAAUGUAUUAGCUAAAUUUUGCAGUAUCGAUGUAACAAUGGGCUUCAGACAACAAGGAUUUUGAAACUGUAGUAAGUAGUAAAUAGAAGUUAAGUAAGCUGUGCUUACUCUUUGUUAACUGUGACUAGUUUCCUGUCUCCUAUAAAACAAAAAUAAAUUAUUUACAAACUCCCAGAAUCUGAGACAUUUUUACGAUGUAAUCCUCAAGGAUUUUUGUCUUUGAUCCUGAGAUGGGUAAUAGUAAGGUAGUCUAUAGAAAUUGCACAAAUAAAGUUUCAAUUACAGCUCAAUGAAGAAUACAUAAAUGCAUAUACACACACGUACAUAUGUGUGUGUGUGUGUUUUCUUACUCUUCCCUUUCAGGGUAAUGUAUUUUCCUACUACUUCAAAAACUCAACAGUAACAAUUGAAAGUGCUAGCAGAAAUAGGAAGAGGUCAUUGCCCUUAGACUGAAGAAAAGUAAGACAAAUUUGGCAGCAUCUCAGUUUCUGGUUGAAGAGUUCUAUUCCAACUUUAAAGUUUUAAAAUGUUAGAGAGAAGGUACAAGCUUAAAUGUUUAAACUGACUAAAUCUGUUCAGCUUCAUUUCAUCAAAAUCCCAUGCUUGAAAGCCAAGUGAUGGAGUUACUUCUUUACAGUCAUUUUAGCUUGGCAGAAGUGGCCUUUUGCCUUGUGCAAUAAUUGUCUUUCCCUUGUUUAAAGGGAGGGCUGAGAUCACAAAAGUCACAGAAGUGGUGACAAUAUGGGUUUCUGCCUUGCCUCCCCAUUGGAAUAUGUUCUGGAAAGAGCUGAGCCUUAUGCUGUGGCUGAGUGGGCCAGAAGCAAAAAACAGAGCUGCUGCCUUGUCCCUCACGGGAGAAUCCAGGCCAACUGAAUUUCUGUUACAUGGGGAAAAUGAGAAAAAGGAGGUCAACAUGGUGCUUAGAAGAAUGUGCAGCACAAGCAGUGCUUGAGGAGGGGGAAGGGAGUGGGUGUGUAUAAGUACAUUAAUAUAUUCUUCUGGAGAUUGGAAAUAGCAAAUGGCAAUGAGCUGUGAGUGAAAUUCUUGCUUUGAUAAAUAGAUUAUUGUACUUUCAUGGUGAAUUGAAUAAUAUUAUGGAUACAAGGGAAAAUGCAGAAUAGAAAAACCAAGGUGGGGGGGGAAAAUGUGAUGAAAACGGAAUUUGGAGUGCUUAUGCGGGCUGUCUUUAUAAGAUAUUUGUCCAUAAGAACUUGGUAUGUGGUAUAAUGGUGAUUAAAACAGUUAAAUACUUAACUGUGUUCACAGUUUUGCUGUUAAUUUUCAUUUAUAUACUUAAUUAAGUUUAUAUGCAGCGUAACAGAAUUGUUUACUGCCUCUACAUUGCAAUAUUCAAUACUAGACAAAUACUUUGGCUAUUCUUAGAAGUGAGUAUCUAUCAGCGUUUUGUUGCUCUCUUUAGAUUACUUAUGUCCUUGCUGGUGUUAAAAGCAGUGUGUGGGAUUUAAAUGUAGGUCACUGUUUUAGCAGGGUUUUAAGAAGUUUAUUUGCUUGACGGUCAGAAUUUUCCUGCUGUUCCUGUUUAAUUCUGUUUCUUGUACAAUGUCCAUAAUUGUGGAUCUGAGCAUGUGCUAAGUGACAUGGCUAACAUCUGUCAUGUGUGAUUCUCCUUUCUGCUCCCUGGGAGGAAAAUUAUUGAGAGAAAAACGCAAGAGUCUCUAUAUAAACCACCAUCCUCCUGGGCAGUUGAGAAGGAAGUACAGUUCCUGCUCCACUAUUUUCCUGGAUGACAGCACCGUCAGUCAACCAAACCUCAAGUAUACCAUCAAAUGUGUAGCUCUUGCAAUAUAUUACCACAUCAAAAACAGGGACACAGACGGAAGAAUGCUCUUAGAUAUUUUUGAUGAAAACCUUCAUCCCCUUUCGAAAUCCGAAGUGCCACCAGAUUAUGACAAACAUGAUCCGGAGCAGAAACAGAUUUACCGCUUUGUUCGGACGUUGUUCAGUGCUGCUCAACUGACUGCUGAAUGUGCCAUUGUCACCCUGGUAUAUCUUGAAAGACUUUUAACUUAUGCAGAGAUAGAUAUCUGUCCAGCAAACUGGAAGCGAAUUGUACUGGGUGCGAUUCUUCUGGCAUCCAAAGUUUGGGACGACCAGGCAGUGUGGAACGUGGAUUACUGCCAGAUUCUGAAAGAUAUCACUGUCGAAGACAUGAAUGAGCUGGAACGCCAGUUUCUUGAGCUGUUGCAGUUCAACAUUAAUGUCCCUUCCAGUGUUUAUGCCAAGUAUUAUUUUGAUUUGCGUUCCCUGGCAGAAGCGAAUAACCUGAGUUUUCCUUUGGAGCCUCUCAGCAGGGACAGGGCAUAUAAACUUGAGGCCAUUUCCCGCUUGUGUGAAGAUAAAUAUAAGGACUUCAGGAAAGCUGCAAAGAAACGGUCAGUCAGUGCUGACAAUCUGACUGUGGUUAGAUGGUCCCCUGCUAUUAUCUCCUAACAGAGGAGGCUGGAAUACUCCUACGGACGUACUGUUUCAUCCAUCCAUUUUUUGGGGGUGGGCUGGGGGUGGGGGGCUAAAGAAAAAAGACUUCUGAUUUUUUUAUUUUUAAAUCUGUCAAGCUGCCUUUACAGUGCCUCCCCAUUGUGUAGCACACGAGUAAAAUACCUAGUGGAAGGAGAAAUGGAGAAAUCAGUGUUCGGGAGAGAAGAUGGGUGACAAUUUUUUUCUCACUUUGGCUAACAGCUUUACACUUCUUAUGAGGAAACAGCAAAUCAGGUGCUUGGAAGAAGAAACAAAAAAAAAUGAAGUAGAGGCAGAAAAAUAUAUAAGAACUGUGCCAUUUUCUAAUACGCUGUAGUCAUGAGGAGAAAUGGCAGCAUGAAAACAAACCAUGUAGUCAGAUGACUGUGCACAAGAGGAAUGAAGUUGGAAGGGUUCUAUCCUGAAGGUUUCUCUUUAUGUCUUUUUUUAUUUGGGUUUGGUUUUUUUGCAUUCCUCAUUGCUGCUUCCCAGCAUAAAUUCUUCCCCUUGCACAGCAGCAAAUACAAAGUCUGUAUUUACAGUAGCACAAGCCCCUGAAUAAAAAGCAUUGGGUUUUUUCACUGCACUUUUCUCUGUAAGCUGUCUUAUUAGCAUUAUUCUUCAUAAUUAUUAUGCAUAUGUUAUAUUUCUUGUAUGCCUUUUACUGUAUUUCAAAAAGGAGAACUUGACCAUAGUGCUGAACCAAAAGUGUGUACAGGGAUCAGAAGAUCUUCGUAAUUUCAUGAUGUGUUUUAUUUAUAGUAUACUUGGGUGUGUGUGCCUUCCUGAGUUCUUGGAAUCAUUUAUUUUUCCUUACUAUAAAGAUACAGUUAUUAAAGUAUUCAGAUGAUGAUGAUAAGACUUGGGCCAAAUCUCUGAAAUUUGCAACAGAUCUUGUGAUCCUUUUUGCAGAUUUUCAUAGCAUUAGAAGUUUAGCAGAAUUCAUUUUGUGAGAUAGUUUUUUUUGUGUGUGGCCUGACAAGUUCAUUCCUUCACCUCCAGGUCCAUUGUUGCAAGCAAUAUUCUCAGUGUUUAUAUGUUUACUUUAAAUCAAAGUGAAUCUGUUUGUAUAAAAUAAAAAAUGAUAAAAAAAUUGUUCCAGUGAGAAGGCCUGUAGAAGAGAAGAAUGGAAACCUUAACAAAGUAUUUGUCACAAGUAGAUUUGAUUUUGAAGAUAAAAUACAAACCCUCAUGUUUUUCAGCAUAGGUGCUUAUAGAAAUUAAAAGUAACCAAACUGUGAACGUAAUUUUCAACACUGAUUAAUAUAAAGCUCUUUGUUGUUGUUACUAGUUCCCUCUUACUGUGACUGUUGCCCCCUUGGAAUUUUUAGGAACCUUUUAUACAAAAUAACUUGUCAGUAUAAACAUAUUUGCUUUAUAAUGCCCCAGGGUGAUAUUUUUUUUCCCCAUUUUUUUGCACACUUUAGAAAGAUGUAGCUGAGAAGUCUCAGUUCCCUGAAAUCCUUCCUUUGCGACUAUCACUGCAAUGAAUAGCAACAGACACCCCUGAUUUAUGCACUAUUGUGGUAAACCAUAAAGAUUCCAUAUUUGUUUUAUUAAGCCCUAUGGGCUUGUAGCAAACCUGAGGGCCCCCAGAUGCACACUUGAUUUCCAGUGCAGUGGUAAUCCCUGCCUCCGGGUGGAGAGGCCCUGACAGGAUUGAAGUAGUACUACCAAACAGUUUUCUGUUAACUUUCUAAUGUGAUUUGUGUAGUUGGAGACAUGAAGGUUUUGUCCAUAAAUUCUCCUGAUGUCCUUUGGGCCUUUAAAAUAAUCUGAUUCUCAUCACUUCUUGCUGUGCCAUUGCAUCAGAACUGUGAGUAUCUCAAGUCCAUUUUUCCCAUGAGCAUGGAAUGUAAGGAAACUGUAACAGUACAAAUGCAAAUCACAGCAUUUAAAACCUCUUUACAGAUGGUAUCAAAAGGAACAUUUUCAGAGCAUUUGAAAUCCAUCCUUUAUAAGCAUAAAUUUAGACUUUACAAAUAUGUAAAAUAUUUUGAUUUAUCAACACUUUGCUAAACUGUUUUCCAUUUAACUUGGUAUCAGGAAUAUUGGUUUUAUCCAUUUCUGGGUGAUAGAGAUAUGAACUUUGGAUUAUGUAAAGAUCUCAAUGCAUCUACUAUAAUUUUUGUGAAGUUUAUUAAACUACUCUAAAGAUUGUAUAGUCUAUUUAUUGUAUGUAUGUACAUACAGUCUGAUACUUUAAAAAGUGGAUUCCGUAAAACCUGGCUCAGUCUUGUUUGGACUAUUGAAUAUCGUUUUAGCCUUGUGCACUGGACUCUACCUCUGUAUAGGAGAAUUUUCCAUAUUCUUAAUUAGUAUUGAUUCUGUGAUUAACUUGGUUAUGUUUCUUGCACUAAGAAUUAAAAAAAAAAAAAUCUGGUCAAAGUGUGGAUUUUUCUUUAGUUUGAGUUUUGCCAUAUGAAUCCUCUCCAUUUAGAUGAAUGUUUCUUUCCCUCAUGGUUAUAGAAUAAUUAUUUGCUUUUUCUUCUGGUUUGUUCCACAGUUACCAAAAAAUACAGUACCUGUCAGUAAAAAUUACCUAGUGUCUUUUGUUUGCAAGGUGUUCUAUACCAUGUAAUUAAAAAUUAAUUAUUAUUUAGGA